AGCAGAAGUGCUUAAAUAGUAAAAAAUUAAAAAAUUGUAAAAAAUUCCUCUUUCAACCCCAAAAGAAGUUUUUUAUUUGCAAUUUUUGGGGUUGCAAAGAAAAGAAAAGUAUCUAUUUUUGUCUUACAAGUGAUUAAAACUAGUUUUAUAAGGAAUAGAAAAGUAUUAAAAGAAAGAAAAUGGCAGAACCAGAAUUCGAACAGUUCUCAAAGCAAACUUUAAAUAUUAAGGCAGUUCCAUCACCAUACUACUCUUUGGUGUCGGAUAUUGACUUUGAUGCAAUAACACCAUCGCCAUCAAAGAGUGAUGCUAGUGAUCCAGAUGAAAUGGACAUAGGCGUACAUAUAAUCAGUACAAGUCGAUUGCCUCAAGCUUGUACAAAUGUGACCAUAACAAAUAUUAGCAGCAAUAGCAGUGUCGCUGAAGAUGAUGAACUUGGUGAUGGAUUGAGGACUGGACCAUCGUCACUAUUAAGCCAAGCUAUUCAAAAUAAUCAUAAUUUAGAUUCUGGACCUUCAAGUAUUGUUACACAAGAUUCAAAUCAAUCUACACAACAACAGCAAUCACAAUUAGAAAGAACAAAUUCUCUUCCAUGGUUAUCUGGACAAGCUGAGAGACGAAGGCGGAAGCUUCCUGAGAUACCGAAGAAUAGAAAAUCGACAUUAGCUCAUCUGUUAUUGAAUCAAACAUCCUUAGCAGAUGAGUUGGGUAGUCAAACAAGCAUCAAUAGCCAUCAUCAUCACCAUCAUCAACCUUUUAAACAAAACUCGUUGCUGGCUUUUAAGUGCAGUUAUUUAUUGGAUGAGGACUCGAGUCCUGAUUCGGAUCGUAUGCAUAGUUUUUGCGAUGUUGAUAGUGGACAUAGCACAGCACAUUCACCAAACGAUUACAAAAGUAUUACACCGCCACAAGCAAAUUCACCGUUUCCACCACCAUUCGGUGGUGUUCCAUAUAGUCAAUUGGAAAUGCUUGAAGCAACGCAUCGUGGAUUACAUAAAUUUCUACCACGACAUCACGAUGAAUUGGAAAUUGAAAUUGGCGAUCCAAUUUAUGUUCAAAAAGAGGCUGAUGAUUUAUGGUGUGAAGGAGUAAACUUAAGGACGGGAAAUCAAGGUGUAUUUCCUUCAGCGUAUGCUGUUGAUCUUGAAUAUAAUGACUUUGAUCCAACAUCGGUUGAAAUGAAGAGAGAACGUUAUUUAUUGGGAUAUUUGGGAUCGGUGGAGACACUUUCACAUAAAGGAACUGGUGUGGUGUGUCAAGCAGUAAGAAAAAUUGUUGGAGAUGGUGGUGACAUGACGCCCAAAGGACAAGCGUGUAUACUUGAAAUAUCUGACCAAGGACUUAGAAUGGUUGAUCGAUCAAAGAAGAAACGUGAACGUGGACCAUGCAUUGACUAUUUCUACUCGUUAAAGAAUGUCUCAUUUUGUGCAUUUCAUCCACGAGAUCAUCGCUACAUUGGAUUUAUCACGAAGCAUCCUACAUUGCAACGUUUUGCAUGUCACGUUUUUAUAGGAACUGAAAGUACGCGCAUUGUUGCUGAAGCAGUCGGUCGUGCAUUUCAACGCUUCUACCAGAAAUUUAUCGAGACGGCAUAUCCGAUCGAAGAUAUUUAUAUGGAAAAUUAAGCAAAGCAGAUGCAAAGAAUGAAAAUUUAUUGAAUCGUGGGACAUAAUAAUCUCUACACAUAUUUAGAUGUCUAAUAAGUACGUAAAAUAUUUAUUCUUCUUCAAGUAAGUCCCUUAGGAAAUUUGAAAAAUAAACAACAGAACUUUCUCCGAACAUUUCCCUCUCUUUCUACAUUUUGAAUGUUCUCAAAGAACUGAUGACAAAGAAAAAAAUUUGCUUAAAGCAACUUUCAGCUUUGUAUUAUACUUAUGAGGUUUUAAUUUUAAUGUUCAUCCAUGAAGGAAGGAAUCUUCAUAUUCUCUCGCUCUUUCCAUCAUACUCAUGAUAAAUUAAGCAAUCAAAAAUAUGAUAGCACAUGAAAGGAUUGUGAGGCAAAAAUAAGCAGAUAGAGUUGACCAUCGCGUGUCAUUACAUUGAUGGAAAUCUUCCAUAAAUAGAUAUUUCAUUUCAAAUUAAAUUUUAAGAAUUUUUCGCUAAAACGCCAAAGCUUUUCUAUUCAAGAAUGAAGACACACAAGAAAUUAAAAUUUAUUUUUCUUAAACAUAAAAUUCAAUGCGAUAAAGAAGACAUGGAUGAAGAAAAUAUGUUGUGAAAAUUUAUAUUGUGAAUGAUCCUUUAGUAUACUUCUUACAUGCUUAUAAAUACAUACAUAAUUUAGAGAUGAAGAAAGAGAAAAAUAAGCCUGAACGUGGUGGUGUAAAUGAUGUGAAUGAAAUGUAGAUUCCUUGCAAUAAUAUUGAAAAUAAAUUUUAAUUUUAUUGAAUAAUUUAUUUGGAUUUUCUGAAUUGGAGCAUAAAAAAGAUGACAUAAUGUCGAUGGGAUUUGAAUUAUAUACUUUUUUGAACGUUUUUUUCUAAUCUUAUUUGAGAUUUGUCUCUCAAAUCGAUUCAACCUAAAAUCAAAUUGAAUGGAAAUAAAUUAAACUGAAAAUCCUUAUUAAAGUGACAUACUUUUUGUCAAAUCUGACAAAACUGGAUCAAAUUGAGAUUUAUAAAUAUAUUCUGAUACUGGUAAGAUUGAGAUAAUGUUUUACUAAAUAUCGUGCCGAAAUACUUUUUGUUUGAAAAGCAACUGUCUCAAUUAAAAUUAAAGUAAAUUUUUUAAAAAAAAUUCAUUAUUUUUGCAAGGAUGAAUGAGCGAAUGAAUUCUGAAAUUUAGCUAAAAGCAUCAUUAAUCAAUCCUUAUUUGUGCAAUUUAUAUCCAAUGCUUGUAUACACAUUCACGUAUGAGAAAAUUAUUAUGAUUAAAUUAUAUUUAUUGUACAUCAAAGACAGCUCAAAUAUCAAAAAUAAAACAAGUCAAGAAAAAAUUGUAAGAACCACAAUAAAUAAUUAAAUUUUAAAGUGAAAACAAGUGUUUGAAAAAAAAAAUGUUUAAGAACAACAAGAAAUCUGUAAUAAAAACUGAAAAAAUAUGAAGAAAAAUUAUGGAGGAUUAAAAAAGCAGUUUUAUGUCUUUUAAUUUUUUGUAACUUUGCACUUUUUUAUUCAUUUUUAUUUUUUUCGAAUUUUUUGCUCAAUUUUCAACAGAAUAAAUUAUUACGAUUCUAUACAUAAAAUUUAAAACAACAUAAAAUUUUUAUCUCGUUCAUAUUCCUUAAUCAAUAUAAACUUUUCAUUUCUUAAACAUUUCUUAAUUCAUUCCAUUAUAAUUAGGUAUUAUCAUUAUCUUCUUUGCUCUACGCAGGUAAUCUAGAUUUAAUUUAAAUUAUUACUGUAAGAAUAAAAUUAUUUUGAACGUAAGUUGUUUAUUCUAUCCUUCAUUUUUACUAUUUAUUUAUUUUUUUUCCUUUUCAUUGAUAAUUCUUUUACAAGAAGUGUUCUUUGGAAAAAUUCUGUCAAAUUGUCAGUAUCUAGUGAAAUUUUCUCAUUUUUUUUUUCGUUAAGAAGUUUCGCUCAAAAAUGGAAAAGUUUCGACUAAAUCUUGAAUCAACUUUCUUGUUAUUGUUAAUUAUAACAAGAGUUUCCACGCCUUGUUAUUCUCUUUGAUAGAUAUUCUAAAUUAUCAACAAAUGAGAAGUAAACGAUUAAAAAUAACUAUUGUAAGUUAAUGAAGAUGUAUGGAUGCUGGGUUUUUAUGGAUGAUAAAAAAUAUAAAUAAUUUUUUAUCUCUUAAGACUCGCUUGACACAUUUUACCAUAUCUACACAUCGUAGGAUAUAACACUGAUUUUUUUUUUAUUUUUUUUUCUUAUUAAAAUUUUAUUUAUCUUCGUCACGAGCAUACAGAACGAUGAUG